CUGCAUUUUAUAUAUAUUUCAGGUAAACUUCAGCAAUGGAAAAACAUGUUAUUCUGUCAUGUGUUCAGAGCCAUGGACCUGAAGAUCAACAGCAGUGUUUAAUACCAUCACUGUGUCUCCCUGUUAUCAAUGGUACUAUUGGGAGUUUUGUGCGUGUAAGAUAUGAAGAAAAUAAAUCGCUUGUAUGUCGAUUGAUUCCUCUGGCAAGUUCAUAUUGUGAACAGAAUUUUAAAAUUAUUGCUUGUUCUUGUGUAAGUGUAGGAUGUGAUAAGGGAACUUCCCUGACCUUAAACAACUAUAAAAUUAAAAUAAGUGAUAUUACCAUUUUAAUACCUGUGACCGUAAGGAAUGUUAAUGUAACAGUUAUUCUGAGGUCUGUUGAAGAUGUUUUGAAGUACAGAAGUAAAGCAAGGCAAUAUGAGAAAACAUUACGGAGAUUGCUUAUACAGUAUCACUUUAUGAAUCACAGUAGGCUUCAUUGUUUAAAUAAUCCUCUUGCAAAGCUUAUUGGUGUGUCUGAAAUUUAUAUAGAAAGCUGUGGUUUGAGUGAUGAUGAAGUUGGUGUUAUUGGUUUGGACACAGAAAUGAAGAUAAAUGGUGUGGAGAGUGAAGAUCGAAUAAAAUUGUCUCAUCAAAAAGCUGUCAGUAUAGGAGGGCUCGAUAAUGUCUUAGCAUAUUUACGCCUCCUUGUCUCUGAACCAUGGAUCAAACAAAGGGACUUUGCUACCUCUGGAAUAUCUUAUCCCUCGGGAGUUUUGUUGAUUGGCCCCCCAGGUUCAGGAAAAACUUCUUUAGUCCGUCAGCUGUGCACUGAAACUGGAACAUGCCUAAUUGGGACUACUGGUGCUGAUUUGUUGAGCCCUUAUGAAGGUGAAACAGAAGAAAAAUUAUCAAAGAUUGCUGAGAAGGCUCGUAUGCUGAGUGAGGAAGGACCAUGUGUGUUUUUUAUUGAUGAAAUUGAUGCACUCUGCCCAGUAAGAACAAAAGAGUCAACUUUAUUUUGUGUGAAACUUACUGCACUGGUACUUCUCAUUAUUGACAAAUGUAAAGAAUGUUCAAAUCUCAUGUUGAUGGCAGCUACUAACCGACCUUAUGAUGUUGACCCAGCUAUCAGGCGAUCAGGACGAUUUGAAGUUGAAGUACCUCUUCUGCCACAAGAAAUAAUUGAAACCAUGCUACUGUGUGCUACUACCAUUAUUCCAAGUAUCCAUAAGAACCUAGAGUUCAUCACUGCCAUACCCAAAGUCUCUCUUAUUGGUGGACUUCAUGAAGUUAAGCAGCAAUUAGAAGAAAUAUUUAUACACCAUGCAAACUAUGCUGAAGCAUAUGAUAACUUGAAUCUCAAGAGACCCAAAGGCAUAUUAUUGUAUGGCCCUCGUGGCUGUGGAAAGACACGUCUUAUAGCUUCCAUAGCUUCAACUCGGGGAUGUACAUUUAUAAGUGCAAAUGCUUCACAUCUUCUUUCUCUUAUGUGGUGAAUCUGAAAAAAGAGUUGCUGCUCUCUUCCAUGCAGCUCAUCUUGCCCAGCCAACAAUAUUAUUCAUUGAUGAAAUAGAUGGAAUAUUUCGUUCAAGAGAUGGAAAAACAAGUAGUAAUGUAAAUGUCAGUAUUUUAAAUGAGUUGCUUCAAGCUAUGGAUGGUGCUAAUAUGCAGGCUACUACUCUUCAAGGUGUAUCAUUUCUUUCAAGUAAUCUUUCUAGGAGCAAGUUUGCUGAAUGUGUUAGGGUAUGGCCCCCUUCAACCCAAGGUGUAAGUGGCUUCAGAAGUUAGGAUUACUGUAGAAGAGCUGUUGUAAAUAGAGGAAGGCAUACAGGCCCUACAAAGGAACAUAGGAAGAGGAUGUGAGGCUGCUAGAUUGCAGAAAAGAACCAAAAAUACUUGGUCAGGCCACUCUUCUUCCCAUUCCCUCAUUCAUUACUGUAAUUAUCUUCUGAUAUGAACUAUAGUGUCUGUGUUGGAAUUGUUGUUAGCUUACUUUGUGGCUGUAGCAAUUGGUGAAACAAUAAAAAGUGCAGAAGUUUUUACAGUGGGUUACAUGAGGCUAAACCCUAAAAGGUACUGAUCUCGAUACACUUGCCAUAAUUAAAUUUCAACAGAAGUUGGAAAUAAACAGAAUACUAGGUGUUGAUCUCUCCAGUAGGAAGAAGGAUAUUGACAUCUUAAUAUGUACCGAUUAAUGCUGAGCAAGCUGAGGUCAAAUCUGAAGAAUUCUCAAAGACCAUAGGUUGGGGAAACUUUAGAAUUUGAAAGAGUUCUUUUGAUAGUAUUAAGAGGGAAGAUUGUAGAUUUAUAUUGAAGAAUUUGAUUAGGAGUCUUUAAUUAGGUUAAAGUUCUUUUGAUAUAGGGGGAUGAGGGGAAUCUAGGAUAAGUUUUGAGGAGCUGUAAUAUAUUAAGUUAGGCAAACUUAGGUAUAGGAGGAUAAGUUUAUCAA